GUGUUUCAUGAGUCUUGGCAAUGGGACGAAUGUGCGUGGAAGGCGUGAUCGUUCGAACAACGUUCAGAAAUCGACGGGAGGAGACCCACUGCGGAUAAUUCAAAACAAGCUGGAAAUGUCGCCACGCAAUUGGAAUAUGGCAUACAAUGGACUGUCGCAGCAUGUGGACUUCAGCAGGCUGCCGAGCCCGAACGAGCGGUUCGAGCUGCUGGACCUGAUCGGCGAAGGUACCUACGGUGAGGUCUACAGUGCGAAGGAUAAACACACUGGACGCAAGUAUGCGGUCAAGAUUUUGGAGAGCAUCGCCGAUAACAUCGAAGAGAUCGAGGAGGAAUAUCUGGUGCUGCGCGAUCUCUCGAAGCAUCCCAACAUUCCCGACUUUGCCGGGCUGUUCCUGAAGCGUGGCACCACCGUCGAGGAUGACCAGCUGUGGUUCGUGCUGGAGCUAUGCACCGGGGGCUCCGUGACGGAUCUGGUUCAAGGUCUGCGCAGCCGUGGAGCACGUCUAUCCAACAACCAGAUAGCAUACAUACUGCGGGAAACGGUGCAAGCGCUAGUGUUUCUGCACGAAAACCACUGCAUGCAUCGGGACAUUAAGGGGCACAACAUACUGCUGACGGAGACGGGCCAUGUGAAGCUGGUGGACUUUGGCGUGAGCUCACAUCUUGCAGCGACGAUGGCCCGGCGCAACACAAGCGUCGGCACACCGUACUGGAUGGCACCGGAGGUGAUCGCUUGUGAACAGCAGCUAGACCAAUCGUACGACUCCCGGUGUGAUGUGUGGUCGGUCGGUAUUACGGCGAUCGAGCUGGCAGAGGGUGAUCCACCGCUUUGUGAGCUGCAUCCGAUGCGAGCACUGUUUCAGAUCCCGCGCAAUCCUCCACCGAAGCUGUCCCAUCCGGAACAGUACUCGUCGAUGCUGUCCGACUUUAUCUCGGAGUGUCUCGUGAAGGAUCUUGAGCAGCGCCCAUUCUCAAAGGAGUUAGUCACCCAUCCGUUCCUGAAGAGUGUGGGUCCGUAUGUCGAUCAAAUACGGCAGGAUCUGCGAUCGGAAAUUGCUCGUCAGCGAGAGGAUGGUAGAGCGCCGAGCCAGGCAAUUGCCACCACGAAGUAUGGAAAGUUGAAGUCGGAUCGCAAAUCAAAACCACAGAAGAUGUACAUGGACGACUUGGCUGCGUUGGACGUUCUGACCGAGGAUGCGAUUGUGGAGCAGUUGCAGAAGCGCUACGAAACGAAUCAGAUCUACACCUACAUAGGGGACAUACUGAUCGCAGUGAAUCCCUUCAGUCAGGUGGGCCUGUAUACGACGCAGCAUCAGCGCAAAUACACCGGACAGGCGCGUUCGGACAAUCCACCACACAUCUUUGCGAUAGCGGAUGCUGCCCACCAAGCACUUGUCCAUCAGCGUCAAAACCAAGCUAUCGUGAUAUCGGGUGAAAGUGGAUCCGGCAAAACAGAGAGCGCUAACUUGCUGCUCAAGCAGCUCGUCUACCUCGGCAAAGCGGUCACCAAGAAUCUGGAAGAGCGUAUCCUGCAAGUCAAUCCCAUCAUGGAAGCGUUCGGUAAUGCACGUACCGGUAUCAAUGCAAAUAGCUCCCGGUUUGGCAAAUACUUGGAGCUUACAAUGGCCCGAAGCGGUAAGGUUAAUGGAGCUCGCAUCUUCGUCUAUCUGCUGGAGCAAAGCCGUGUGGUGAAACAGGCCGAAGGAGAGGGUAACUUUCACGUGUUUUACUACAUGUAUGAUGGUCUGCAGGCGGAAGGUCGCCUGGAGGAGUACUACCUGCAUCCCUCGUACCGGAAGACACACCGUUAUCUGCAGGAAACGGCAACACUGCCGAAAACGAACGUAGAUCGAUGGAAACAGCUGUUGGCUAGCUUCCGUGUGCUAGGCUUCAAGGAUGAUGAGGUGGAUAUGGUGAACCGAGUGUUGGCCGCCAUAUUGAACCUCGGUGACAUUGAGUUCGGUGAGAUGGAUUCCAACGACAAUACGGACAGCAGGGCCCGUGUGAUAGAUGUGGCUCCAAUGCACCGUGUUUCCAAGCUGCUUGGCGUUGAUUCGGCCGAUCUGUUGGAAGCACUCUCCUCGAAUUCGGUCGUCACGCGGGGUGAAACGAUUACGCGACACAAUAACGUGGCAGAAGCUUGUACGGCCCGUGACGCGAUGGCGAAAGGAUUAUACGGCCGAUUGUUUGAUUGGAUGGUCAAUCAGAUCAAUCUGCUGUUGGUUCACAACAGAAAUAGCAACAGCCCGGAACAGUUAGCAAUUGGAUUGUUGGAUAUUUUUGGGUUCGAAAACUUCAGCAAGAAUUCCUUCGAGCAACUGUGCAUCAAUAUCGCCAACGAACAGAUACAGUACUACUUCAAUCAGCACAUCUUUACGUGGGAGCAACAGGAAUAUAUGGCAGAAGGAAUACCGGUCGAUUUGGUGGAGUUUGCUGAUAAUCGUCCUGUGUUGGACAUGCUGUUAAGUCGACCGUUGGGGCUGCUGGCACUGCUGGACGAGGAAUCACGUUUUCCGCGCUCGACGGAUCGAUCAUUGAUUGAAAAAUUCCACAACAACGUGAAAUCGAAGUUCUACCAGCGACCCAAAUCUGAUGCCGUCUGUUUUGCCAUUCAUCAUUUUGCGGGCCGAGUGGUUUAUCAGGCGGACGGGUUCCUGGAGAAGAAUCGCAAUUUCCUCCCAGCCGAGAUCAUACAACUGAUACGCCAAAGCCAGUACGAUAUGAUACGCUUCCUGUUCCAGUGUCCCAUCACGAAGACGGGCAACCUGUACUCGGCCAUUCAGGAUACCGGUUCGCGCCAGAACGUGCCCAGCUUCAUCAAGGUGGACACGAAGGAGAAGUUCAACUCGCGCGGUCUGGCAUCACAAUCGAGGGCGCAGCAAACGGUGGCCACGUACUUCCGCUACUCGUUGAUGGAUCUGUUGCAGAAGAUGGUUACCGGAACGCCACAAUUUAUACGAUGUAUCAAACCGAACGAACAGAAAGCGGCAAAAUCGUUCGAUGCGGCCAAGGUGUUGAAGCAGCUCCGAUACACCGGUGUGCUGGAGACGAUCCGAAUCCGACAACACGGGUUCAGCCAUCGGUUUACGUUUGCUGACUUUUUGCGAAAAUACUGCUUCCUGGCGUACAGUUUCGACGAACGUGUCGUGUCGAAUCGGGAGUCCUGUCGCUUGCUUUUAGUACGCCUAAAAAUGGACGGAUGGGCACUGGGAAAGUCGAAGGUGUUCCUCAAGUACUAUCACGUGGAAUACCUAUCAAAGCUGUACGAGGAACAUGUACGAAAGAUAAUUUUGGUACAGGCUUGUGUAAGACGCUGGCUCGCUAAGGCUCAGUACAAGCGAGAAAAGCAACGUGUGGCACUAAGUGCAGUCACGUUGCAGAAGCACGUCCGAGGAUGGUUAACACGGCGCCGUAUGCGACUGCUGAAGGAGAAGCAGGAACGGGAGCGAGAGCGUUUGGAGCAGGAACGGCUCGAAAAGGAACGUUUGGCAAAGGAGAAAAAGAACAACGAGCAAAACAAGGCCAAACAGGCGCUGGCAAAGGCGAAACUGAUACAUCAGCUAUCAAACCACCAGCUCGAAGCGAAACACAUCCACGAAAAGCGUAACGUGGACAUGAACAACAAGGAAAACGAGCGGGCCGCCAUCGUCAUCCAGAGCUACUAUCGCGGGUACACCAUCCGGAAGAUGCGCAUGACGCCGGAAAUCGAAGCGAAAACGAAAUACAUCCUAGGCAUCGCGAAGAACCGGGUGGAAGCGCAGCGCAUGAUGCAGAAGGAGGGCUUCACGAAGGAGGAUGCGGCGCGCAUCAUUCAACGCUACUACCGCACCCAGAAGAGCAAACACAGCAGCAACAAUCGCGAUGCGAUGGCGGCAGCCGUGGGAGCGGCGGUCUCUCGGAAGGGUCCGGCACCCCAACCGCAGCCGAAACCACUCACCACGAAGGACCAGCAGAUGGAUCUGAUCGCGUUCUCGCAGAACGUGCACAUGCUCAACCAGGAGGUGCACAAGAAUCUGCGCGUGAACAAGGCGGGCGUUCCGCUGGAAACAAUCGAGAAGCUACCGAACGAUUACCGGCGGCCACCUGGGUUCGUGCUAGUGCCGGGACUGCUUGGUACCGUACCGGGAGGCGGUGACUGUGCGAAGUACAGUUCGCUCCGCAGCAUGGACUGUGACCACGAGAUGACAAAGGAAUUAAUUCAAAGAAGUCCACCGCCUGCAGCGGACUUUGAUGACAUCUCCCCGUGGGAUAUGCCGUUCUACGAGGUGGAACGCAACCUGCGCUCGCAAAGGCAGCGAAAUAUGCAGCAACCGCCUCAGCGCAUCGAUAUCAAUCGGAACGACAUCCUAGGUGACCGCAAGAUGGAGCUAGGCGACCGGAAGCAACAGCUCUCCAGCAACUGGCACCAGGCAUUCCAGGCGACCGAAGGAACGCCGCAGGACAAGUUCAAGGGUCUUGCAAGAUCUCCUCAACAUCAAAACGAGCCGGCCCAUAUUCGUAGCAUUCCAGCGUUCAGCUAUCUCAACCCAAACAAUCAACAGAUCCUACGCUACUCACCAAAUCAACAGCGCGAUUCAUCCGGCGAACCGACAAAUCCGCCCCAUCCAAGCCCAGUUCGCCAGUCGCCUGUCGAGCCGGUACGUGAAGCCGCAACACCACCCUCCCGUCUCGGGCUGCUCGGUCUCGGUGGUGGCGGUGGUGCCAAGAAAGCGGCCAAGGCUGAGAUGAAGGCACGCGAGAAGGAAAACAAGGAGCGUAAAAAGCGCGAAAAGAAGGCGAAGAAAGAAAAGGAAAAGGCCGCUGCUAAUGGGCAUACACCCUCAUCCACCUCUUCGUCCGCCGGUUCCGCCCUAUCGAGUGGCAUUUCUUCGGGUGAAAAGCAACGCAAGGAACCGGCCGGAAGGAAGAAACGGUCCGAUAAAUCGGCGAACGAUUCGCAACCGGUAGUGGUAAGCCGGUUUGCGGGUGUGGACGACCAAACACUCCAUGAAUAUCACCAGCAACAGCAGCAACAAGUACCUCAGAAACGCUUGAUUGAACAUCACGAGUAUCAGAAUAUUUCGGAAGAAACCAAAAUCGAUAGUAAGAGUCCGGUAAUGCGGAUGUUUGGUGAUACGAACUUCCUGGUGAAUCAUCGGCGCAAGGCGGCGGAACAGAAGCAGCAACAACUGGCCCAGCUGCAGCAGGUUCAGCAGCAUCAAAAGCAGCAGUUACAACAGAAAGCUCGCCAGCAACAGCAGCAGCAGCAUCAGCAGCACCAACACCAGCAACAACACCAGCAAAGCAACGGUGGUAAUGGUUGGCGUCAAUCGGAGCUAAACUGUGGUCAGGGUGUUUGUGAGCUGCUGAACGGUGUGUAUCGGUUCAGCCCACACGUCACUUCGUUCGCCCAGAUGGAUUCCAAGAGCGCCAGCAGUCUAUCGGACGAUCGGUCCACGCUGGACAAGGAUUACCAAAACUUCAAUGUUUCCAAGUACCUGAACAUCGACGUCAAGGGCCCGGUGCAUCAUCGCGCUGAACGGGCACGGGACAGCGGUGUCCACGAGCGGGACGUUAGCUCGAACAGUUCCAGCCUAAGCACCGGCAGCAGCGGCAUGAAUUCGCUGAACUCGUUCGACUCCGUUGAGCAGGCUAUCAUCUUCCAGAAGGAUCGUAACGCCGACUCUUACCUCGGUCCGUUCAACUUCCGUCAGCUGCUACGACCAACACAGGGUCCGACGGAAUCGCUCCGCAAGCGGAAGGGCAUCAAUCCCCCGUCCCCACCGCCACCGCAGCGGGGAAAAAGUUAG